AAAACUGUUAGAGCUGUUGUGAUUUAACGAGUUUUUCAUACAUAUUUUCUACAAUAUUUAUAGUUAAAUGUAUUUUCAAAACUCAUUUCAAAACAAAACAGCUGUUUACUGCUUUGGACUGUUUGUUUUUCUAAAAGGAUUUUGUUUAGAAUUAAUUAAUUUAUUAACAAAGAAGUACAUUUUUAACAUGCCUGCAGCAGCAAUCUAUUCUAUAUUGUUAAAAAAAGAAAAUGCUCAUGAUGAUCCGAUUUAUUGCUGUGAAUGGACUAGAACUUGCACUACAUCGGAUCCCAAAGGUCCUUCGAAGGAGUUUGUCCUGACUGGUGGGUUGGACAACUUAGUAAAAGUAUGGAUGGUAGAGAACAACAGAUUAGAGCUGGUUCAAGCUUUGACUGGCCAUGAAAUGGCUGUAAUGUCAGUUGCAGUCAGCCCAGAUGGACAUAGCAUUGCAAGCUCAUCUCUAGAUUCAAUGCUUAUUAUUUGGGAUUUGUUAUCGGGCCAGAAAGUGCACGAGGUAGAAACAGGCGCUACAGAUGUAUGGAAACUUGUAUUCUCACCGGACGGGAGCCAGGUGGCCACUGGAAGCCAUACUGGGAAAGUUAUUAUUUAUGGAAUAAAAGAUGGCACUGUAGAUAGGAUUUUAGACACCAGAGGAAAGUUUGUGUUGAGUGUGGCCUGGAGUCCCAACGGCAAGUACAUGUCUUGUGGCAGCGUGGACGGGACGGUGUGUGUGUUUGACGUCAGCCAGGGGAAACUGGUGCAUACGGUGGAGGCUCACCGCCAGGCCGUCAGAAGCGUCGUCUUCGCGCCCAACUCGCUUGUGCUGGCCAGUGCUUCUGACGACGGGACUGUGAAAUUACACACUGUCGCGAGUGCCGGCCACAUAGCCACUUUAGAGACCAAGUCGAUAGCAGUCUGCGUGGCGUUCUCUCCCGACGGCAGCCGGGUGGCCGCGGCCGCCGGCGACGGGACCGUGCGGGUGGCGCAGGCGGAUGACCUGAAGGUGCUGCAUACCUUCCACGAACACACUGACACGGUAUGGAACAUCCGAUUUAACGGUAAAGGUGAUAAGUUAUUGUCUAUUGCUAAGGAUAAAUGUAUCAAUAUUUAUGAAUGCCCAGUGCCACAGAAACAAGCCAAAAAGUAAAUAAUGCAUUAAAA